AUGCGUCUCAUCAAUGUCGAAUCUUUCAUUAUAGAAGAAUUCACUCAUGAUUUCCCUCCUUAUGUCAUACUGUCUCAUACAUGGCAAGAUGGGGAGGUGUCCUACCAAGAAUUCCACACAGCCGAGGCCAGACAAAAAGCCGGAUUCCAGAAGAUAGCGCGCUUCUGUCUCUUAGUCAAUCGGAUGCAUUAUGAAUAUGCUUGGGUCGACACUUGUUGCAUCGACAAAACGAGUAGCACUGAGCUAUCGGAAGCAAUCAACUCGAUGUUUCGGUGGUACCAGAACGCCGAUCUUUGCAUUGCAUACCUGUGCGAUGUUACCUGGGUAGAGGAGGAACAGGUAUGGCCGCAAUGGAAUGCGAGUCGAUGGUUCACUAGAGGUUGGACGCUGCAAGAGCUUCUGGCACCACCUUCUGUGCUACUGUACAACUCCGAUUGGCAGUGCCUCGGCGACCGUACCAGCUUUUCUACAUGGAUCCAGGCUAUUACUGGUAUCAACGAACGAUAUCUCGUAGACGGCGAGGACGAUCUCGGAGGCAAUCACCCUACGAAUAACGACAAAAGCCGGCGGCGAUUAUCGCGAAUACGAGAUUCUACGAUUGCAGAAAAGAUGAGUUGGGCCGCUAGACGUCAAACAACAAGAGAAGAGGACAUUGCGUACUCACUACUCGGUCUUUGUAAUGUCAGUAUGCCAUUGCUCUACGGCGAAGGAUCGUACGCCUUCAUUAGGCUUCAAGAAGAGAUCAUUCGUCGCAACUUUGAUUGGACAUUGCUUGCUUGGGGCUUACCCUGGGACGAUUUUGAGUCGCGACGCCUCGAGUCCCAGAAAUCACGGGAAGGGAGUCUUGCACGACUGUUUCCGGCCGCACGCUCAGCAGUGGAUAUGCUCUUGUGCAACGAGCAUCCAUGGAGUGACCCGGUGCCCUACGAGGCCACGUGGGAUCCAUCUGACGGCCUGCUUGCAACUAGUCCGCGAUAUUUCUGGCGUUGCGAACGUGUCAUUGCUCAUCGCAUUGCGUUUGACUGGGAGCUGACGAGUAGAGGAUUUCGUGUCAGUCUGCCGGCAUCCGAUGAUGAAAACUGCCACAUGAUUUUGCCGUGUCAGAUCAAAGACGAACCUUCGUAUCUCAUUGCCAUACCAUUGAUCAAGCAGCAGACCGGCCUCUAUAGAAGAGCCUUCGCAGGUAUCAAGCUAGUCAGAGAACAAUCAUGGCAUCGUUGGCCAUUGCAGUCACUGUAUCUCUCCACUGCGACUUCGAAUGCUGACCAUCUACUGUCCGAAAAGAGCGAAGAGAUUAUGUGGUUAUCGGUUGCGCCUGGGCUCAGCAUCCAAGAGGUCUUCCCUCCGGAGAAGUGGUCUCCUACUCAGAAUAUUCUCUACUGCUCCCACGAUCGACCGGCAGGCAUGAAACCGCUCUUCGUGCUGCUGUUCAAAAUCGUCAAGACGGGAAAAGAGUUCGCUGUAGUGAUCAUCCAGCACAAAUCGAAAGUCGCGUCGGAUGUUGAGAUUGCGCUCCAGACCAUUCCUCAACAGAGCUUUAGCUGCCCGCGUGAGCUAUUGGAUGCCAAUUACUUGGGUUCAUUACCGUCAUCACCCAACAUUGAUCGUGACAUCCUCUUGUACACUACGCGGACAAACAUUCUUGACGCAUCUGGAGACAAGUAA